GCGGUGGGUGUCACUUCCGGAGCAGCAUGGCCGCCACCGAGGACGACAGGCUGGCGGGGAGCGGAGAAGGAGAACGGCUGGAUUUCCUGCGGGACCGGCACGUGCGGUUCUUCCAGCGCUGCCUCCAGGUCUUGCCGGAGCGGUAUUCCUCGCUGGAGACCAGCAGGUUGACAAUUGCCUUUUUUGCACUCUCUGGGCUGGAUAUGCUGGACUCCUUGGAUGUGGUGAACAAAGACGAUAUAAUAGAGUGGAUCUACUCCCUGCAGGUUCUUCCCACAGAAGACAGGUCAAAUCUGAGUCGCUGUGGUUUCCGAGGUUCUUCAUACCUGGGUAUUCCAUUCAAUCCAUCAAAGAAUCCAGGAGCAGCUCAUCCUUACGACAGUGGACACAUAGCGAUGACGUACACGGGGCUUUCCUGUCUGAUUAUCCUUGGAGACGACUUAGGCCGAGUGGAUAAAGAAGCUUGCUUAGCAGGCUUGAGAGCACUUCAGCUGGAAGAUGGGAGCUUCUGCGCUGUUCCUGAAGGCAGUGAGAAUGACAUGAGGUUUGUGUACUGUGCAUCCUGCAUUUGCUAUAUGCUCAACAACUGGUCGGGCAUGGAUAUGAAGAAAGCCAUCAGCUACAUUAGAAGAAGUAUGUCCUAUGACAAUGGGCUGGCACAGGGAGCAGGCCUUGAGUCUCAUGGAGGAUCCACCUUCUGUGGCAUUGCGUCACUGUGCCUGAUGGGUAAACUGGAAGAAGUUUUUUCAGAGAAAGAACUGAACAGGAUAAAGAGGUGGUGCAUAAUGAGGCAGCAGAACGGGUACCACGGAAGGCCUAACAAGCCCGUCGACACCUGCUACUCCUUCUGGGUGGGCGCAACACUGAAGCUUUUGAAAAUUUUCCAGUACACUAACUUUGAGAAGAAUAGGAACUACAUCUUAUCAACUCAAGAUCGCCUUGUUGGGGGAUUUGCUAAAUGGCCAGACAGUCAUCCAGAUGCUUUGCACGCAUACUUCGGGAUCUGCGGCCUGUCACUCAUGGAGGAGAGUGGGAUUUGUAAAGUGCAUCCUGCUCUGAAUGUAAGCACACGGACUUCUGAGCGCCUCCGUGAUCUCCAUCAAAGCUGGAAGACCAAGGACUCCAAACAGUGCUCAGACAAUGUCCACAUUGCCACCUGACUAACCCUGGGGUAUUGGUUUUGUAGCAUAAGUGUAGCUCAAGGUUAAAAGCCAUGUGUAACCAAGUGUGCUCUUCUUUAAGGGGUAGUUUUAAAAGUCAAAAGCUUGUACUGCUAAUACUUCAGCAUGGGCUCUUGAGCCAGUAACCACUGUACUGGACUUCAAGAAAAUUCUUGUUGAAGUUUGAACAUUAGCAGGACUCUGGUAUGGUUCUUAACUGUUUAUGUUGUGUUUCUGAGACGUUUCAUGGGGCAGAUUGACUAUAUGUUUGUAGGUUAUCUUCUUAAAACCCUCAGUACAAGUUCUGGCUUACAAAAUGGACACAAAUCUUCAAAACAAGUUUACACUUCAUAUGGCAUUGAUAAUCUUCAGUGAGCAUUUAAUGUUCACUUAAAAAAUCUCUACUGCUGAUGGUAAGAAAUUUGUUUAUUGAAUUAAGUAUCUGGGAUUAUUCUUUAAAAAUUGACAGUCUCAUAAUUUUCUUAAAGAAUAACAUAUUUUGUGUUAUUCUUAAGGUGUGCCAACUAAACAUGUGUAAUGUAUACAAAUACAAAUGAAAAGUCCAUAUAAGAAAAAAGUAGGCUUAACUAAUACUAUAGUUUUCUAAAGGGAGAGUAUUAUCUAAGUGAGGGAGAAGUAAUGAGCUGUUUAAUUAUGAAUGAAAAAGUUAUGUCUUUAUUAGAGAUUCCUUAGGUGAAUACCUGCUGUGUUUUGUUUUAAUCCCAAAUCAUUGACUGCCAUUUGUCUGGGGCAAGGGAAGAAACAAUCUUCGCUCUCUAGAGAAAGACAUUCAGUGUUUUAUUCUUCUGAGAAACUAUAAAUUAUACUUGUAUGGCUAUAGCUGAGUUCUUUUUAGUUGCUUAAAAAUUUUUUUUUCCUCCCAGUGUUUUGUGGCCAUUAUAGUUAACUGUUUUAUUUCCCAUCUACCAGGUUGAGCAUCCUUAAUCCAAAAUCCAAUAUCUGGGUCAGGCAUAGUGCCAUAUGCAUUUAGUCCUAGUACUCAGGAGGUAGAGGCAACCAGAUCUGUUUGAGAUCAAGGCCAGUCUGGUCUACAGAGUGAGUUCCAGGCCAGCCAGAGCUAUAUAAUCAGACCCUGUCUCAAAAAAACAAAACAAAAUAAAACAAAACAAUAACAACAACAAUAAUAAAAUCCAGUAUCUGAAGUGCUCCAGAAUCCAAAAUUUUAAACUUGACAGCGUGACACAAUUGGAAAAUUUCACUCUUUAUAUGAUAGGUCACAGGUAAAUUUCAGAGACACUGUAAAUAGUGUAUAAAAUUACUUGAAACUAAUGAAUACAGUGUAUGAAGUAAGUACAUUCCAUAUUUAGACCCGGACGUGUAUAUGCAGAAUCUGAAAACAGAAUCUAAACUCUGGAACAUUCCUGUUGGUCCCACGCAUUUGGAUAGUGAUACUCAGCCUGUAAACACUUUUCUAAUGUUCUUAAGUUUGGUAAAUCUGUAAAUAUAAACAGAGCCACUGGAGUAUACAUACUCAUUUAUAUUUUUAUAUUUUUGGCUAAGCGGGGGUGGAGGGAAAUAUAUUCAUUUUGAGGGAUAAACUAGGGUUUUACUUACUCGUUGUCGUCUUGUUUUAUUGUCUUAGUUCUAUGAACUAACAACCAAAUGGAGAUGGUGUAAAACCUUUGUUAGCAACCAACAUGUCACAUUAAAUUACAUCUAUGACUUGGUGACAAGAAGGAAAUUUUUUCAAUAGAGGAAAUGGGUGUGUUAGUUUUGGUAGUAAUCAGAGUUGUACUAAUCAACAGACAUCAUUGUAAAAGCUAAAUUACUAGUGUCCAUGGGUAGAUAAUAGCAUUUUCAUUUAUUUCCUAAAUUAAAGAGAUAUUUCCUACAUAACAGUUCUUCUAAAGGGAAACCUGGCAUAUGAUUAAAAAAUACAUCUCUUGUCA